AUGGCGAAAUUCAACGAACUGCCAGCCGAGCUACGCAACGUCCUCUACGCAGGGCUUCUUCGCAACAGCCACCCUGCCGGCAACGAACUCGCAAUAUUCAUGGUCUCCAAGCAAAUUCACGAGGAAUCGACGUCGUACUUUUAUCAGCAUAACAACAUCGCCAUCUAUGCUCCAUCCACUACUACCGGCGCCGCCACUAUUCUCCCUCCGAUCGCCGAUAAGUAUAUUCAAUUUCUGCGCCGUCUGACGAUAUACACCUUGACUGGACAGGCGAGAACACCCAGUGUACAAAAGGCCGCAACUACUAUCGCAUCCCUAGCUGCUAUUGGCACACAGCUCGACGAGCUCAGUAUCACGAUCAUGUCCCCGCUUUCUCAUUUUCUCAACUCCCGCGUCGACGAUUCGAUCUUGGACAUCAGCCACCCUAUUACCGUCGCGCUACUCCAACUGCUCGCAUCAGGGGUCGCUAAAACCACUUGCAUCGAACUGAAGAACGCCUGGUUUGCCCCGGGGGUCGCCCACACACUUCACGCCAAGUUCGGAUCUCGCCUUCGAUUCUCCAUUUCAGAUGCGCAUACUAUGGACCCAGCCUCACUGGAGAGACCUCUGACAGGUCGCUAUUCAAGCAAGUACCUCACCACUCUUGAUCUCAGCUAUGAGGAUCUGGACUCCUGCUCUAUUCCUAGGACUUCCAUAAGCUCCAUGCCUUCGUCGCUGCCGUCCUCUGUGUGCUCGGCUUUGGCAGAUCUAGACACGUUUUCAGUUAGCUCAUUCGAAAUGAAAUUUGAGAACGAGGCAGCGAAAGACGAGCUUGGUGAGUCAUCCAAUGAGCGUGACACAAGUGAGCAGCCGUUCUUCACAGACGAUGACAUUGAAGAGUGGCAGGCGUCGACACUGGAGUUCGAGCAAGAAGACGUUGACAACCUCCAAGAUAUGGACCUCGAUGUGGAUGAAGAGAUGGAGGAUGUCCCACAGGGUGAUGUCCAGAUGUUCAUGAACAACCUUGAGGAGACAGCACACCAUGUUGCUAACACGGCCGAUGUCACGUACUUGGCGAACUUUGCGCCUGACUUGCUUUUGAGUCGACAUCAUUUGGGUCACUUA